CAUACGUAUCAAAUCAAUGUGUUAUUAUUCUUCAAUUUCUUUCAGUUAAAUAUCGAAAAUAUGUAAAGUUCCGUGCUGUGACCUAGUGCUGAACUGUUGAGGAACCAAAUUGAAGGCUAUACACUGUUAGAAGAGGUCGGAAUAGUGCAAAAAGUUUCGAGGAUGUCUGCUGUAGCUAUAUUAAAACUGGUAGCCACGUUAUCCAGUGGAUUCUACUUUCACGGCUGUUUAUACAUGAGCGUGAUUGAACAUCCAGCCAGAAAGGGUCUUCCUAUCACAACCUUUAUACUGCAAUGGCGUCGUAGUUGUCACCUAGCAAAGAUGAUUUUUGUUCCAACAGAAAUCCUGUGUUUAAUUUCGACUUUUUGGCUUUAUUUCAUGGAUCCUGUUGAGCAAGCCAGUUUAUGGCUGAUAUGUCCAACGUGUAUAGUAGCUACUAUGACGUGGUCAGUGACAAAAAUUCGCCCAGACGUACAACGAACGACAAGUGAUGAUGUCAUUCAAAAGAAUGAGCCCCGGUGGAUUACAACAACAGUUGAUACUGUCAUGCAGCGACACAACGUCCGCACUGCUAUCGGUUUAGUGCUUCAUCUCACAGUAUUGACACUUUCGUUUCAAGGACGCUGAGUUAUGUUUGUUAUGCAAAUAUAGUCUUUGGCAUUGGAUAUAAAAUAAAGUUGAUUAUAAAAAGGAACAUUCCUAUUCAGGAAGGCAAUUUCUUCCUUUAAAAUAAAAAGUGGAAAAACACGACAUAAACGAACUAUUCAUGGCGGGUAGUGAAAUUGCAAUCUACCGUUCACGUCCUUUAGCCCAGGAUUGAGCAGAACUCAUAGUUUACACAUGGUAUAAAUACCAAAAUCUAAUUUUACAAAAAGGAAAUCAAACUUUCUUCUCAGCUUUAAUUCCAAGAUCAAAUAAAUUGAUACAAAACUAGUCAAAUGGUCAAGUAAUGACAAAAUGUGCAGAUUAUGGACAUCAAGAAAUUUUGUUUGUUUUUGUUUCAAAAUUCUUGCAGUCUAUAAUAAAAAUGGUAUAGAAAAAAGAAACAUUUUCGCGUAUGUUGCAAUUGGAAACUAAAUUGAUUCUGCAGCCAGCUACGUGUACUAAGACUGUAACAAAUCAGUUAUAUGUAACGGGAACAGUUUAAAAAAUAAA